AGAUAUUCGAAGGAAGUCGCUGUUUAAGUUUGUUGUUCCACUUCACCGCUACUCCUCUACAGGCAUCCACACUACCCUUAUCGGCCUCCCAACCCCACCGCGCCUGACAAACCCUCCUCCCAUUCCUCACGCCUCUAAAGUCAACUGCUACUUCAGUUUUGGUUUCAUAGAUAAAGAAUGGCAAGCGCGUGCUUUUCGACAUCGCCCUCGUCUCUUCGAUUCAGUUCUCUCCUCUUCUCUCCAAACUCAAGCACCAAUGUCGAUUCUAAUAAGUUGUCUCUUCCUUUCCAUCCCCUUCGUCCCAGGAAAUUGAAGAAGUUUCUCAGUAAUCAAAAGAAUGCGGUGAAUUAUCAGCCAAAAGCUGUUUACACAGGUGAGUUUUGGGCUCCUCCGACAACUUCUCGACAGGGAAUUUGGUCAAUAAGGGAUGAUUUGCAAGUCCCGGCAUCACCUUACUUACCUGCCUAUGCACAAGGGCAGGGGCCACCUCCCAUGGUGCAAGAGAGAUUUCAAAGUGUUGUCAGCCAACUUUUUCAACAUAGAAUAGUUCGCUGUGGUGGAGCCGUUGAUGAUGAUAUGGCAAACAUUAUUGUAGCUCAGCUUCUCUAUCUUGAUGCCGUUGAUCCUCAGAAGGACAUUGUCAUGUAUGUCAAUUCCCCUGGAGGGUCAGUUACAGCUGGUAUGGCUAUAUUUGACACCAUGAGGCAUAUCCGGCCCGAUGUCUCAACUGUGUGUGUUGGACUUGCAGCUAGCAUGGGAGCCUUUCUGCUAAGUGGCGGAACCAAAGGAAAACGAUACAGUUUGCCCAAUUCAAGGAUAAUGAUACAUCAACCCCUUGGUGGAGCUCAAGGUGGUCAAACUGAUAUUGAUAUUCAGGCAAAUGAAAUGCUGCAUCAUAAGGCAAACUUAAACGGGUAUCUUGCUUACCAUACCGGCCAAAGUUUGGAGAAGAUUAACCAGGAUACCGACCGUGAUUUCUUCAUGAGCGCAAAAGAAGCAAAAGAAUAUGGACUUAUCGAUGGUGUCAUUAUGAAUCCUCUCAAAGCUCUUCAGCCACUAGCUGCUACUGCUGAUAGUGAUGAAUAGGCCUCCUGCUGUUUACUGUUUGUUCCUUAGCUAACUUUGCCAUCAAUGACAUGGCUGUCUACGUUUACUAUUUUGAGAUAAUUGGAAAUAUGAUUUUGCCUGCUUUGUGUCUCUUUGGGUGCCAAUACUGAAUGAUGAUAUGAAUUUUAAUGUUAGAUAACAAUAUUAAACCUUGAAAAGUAGGUGAAGUCUUUAGCGAAUAUGUAUUUUGCUUUGAUCAAAUUGUGUGCUAAAUUUCCGAAAUCUUAUGCUGCUAUCAUAUUAUAUGCUUUUUAUUCUCAUAUAAUAUUCACAAAAAUGUCACAUUAUUUUAGUUAAAUGGAGUUAUGAAUGAAAUUUUAGAAUUUAAAAAGUAUAGAAAAUAAAAAUGAUCAAAUUAAAUACUAUUAUUUGGAUCAAGAUUAAAAAUUUAAGGGAUAUGGUCCUUGAACUUGGCAACUUCUUAGUCUUUGAAUGUUUUUAUUGGUCCGCUUUAGUCUUCGAACUUAAUAAAUUUUCACAAAUUUGGUUACGAUGACAUGACUUUUUAAGUUAACUUGACAUUAUUUUUAAAUAUUUUUAUUUUAUUUUGUUGAUAUUUUUCAUUUAUGUUUUACGGUCAUUUGUCUUUUCCAACAAUGUUGUCUUUAAAAUUUGCUUGAAAAUGCAAUGUAUUUUACCGUUACAUUCAAUUGGUAAAUAUUUUGAUUUUUCAUUUAUUUUAAAAUGCAGUAAAAAAAUCCACGUAUGAAAUAAUAUUUUUAGUAUUUUUUAACCAAUAAUAAUAAUUGGCUAUAUUUAGAGAAAGAAACGGAGAUGUUGGAUAUAUGGCCCAUCCUAAACUGAGCCCACUAUUUGACAAGCGUAAAAUAGAGAAUUUCCAAAUAAUGUUGUAGAAGAUUAUAGGUCGUUGAAGCUCCCAAUCCUCUUCAAUUUCGAAUCCCCAUCCAAUUGGAUCCUUUAGUCUUCAUCGCAGCCUCGUUCAGAUACAACUAGAGAAGUGAAAUGGCCGGAUCUAGGAUUGCUCAUGCCACCUUGAAAGGACCGAGUGUCGUUAAGGAGAUAGUUAUCGGGAUAACACUCGGUCUUUGCGCUGGUGGGCUUUGGAAGAUGCAUCACUGGAAUGAGCAGAGGAAAGUGAGAGCAUUCUAUGACAUGCUUGAGAAAGAUGAAAUCAGUGUUGUGGCAGAAGAAUAAAUGUUUUUAUGUUUUGUGAAUUUGUGGGCAGCUCUGGCUGUAUUUUGAUCUUUGCGAUCCCUGCUUUUGGCUCUUGUAUGCAAGAUGAGCAAACUCGGUUUUGGUUUUUUUUUUUUUCCUUUAGGAAUAAAAUUGUUGUAUUGAGGUCUUGAUGAUCACAUAUUUGCUUAACAAAUCCAAUCAGUUUCUUGA